GUCAAAUCUUGCCAGCAAACCGAAACACACCGAGUCCCAUUGAUCCUGAGACUAUCCAAGUUCCUGUUGGCUAUGAACCUGACCCUGCAGAUCUUGCUCUUUCCAGUAUUCCUGGCCAGGAGAUGUUUGACCCUCGUAAGCGCAAAUUCUCUGAAGAAGAGCUGAAACCACAGCCAAUGAUUAAGAAAGCUCGCAAAGUCUUCAUUCCAGAUGACCUGAAGGAUGACAAAUACUGGGCAAGGCGUAGAAAGAACAACAUGGCUGCUAAGCGAUCGAGGGAUGCGCGCCGGCUGAAGGAGAACCAGAUCGCCAUCCGCGCCUCGUUCCUGGAGAAGGAGAACUCGGCUCUUCGCCAAGAAGUGGCUGACCUACGGAAAGAGCUGGGCAAAUGCAAGAAUGUCCUUGCGAAGUACGAAGCUCGACACGGCCCCCUGUAA